UCAUGAAGUUUGAAAAGAUGGCUUGGUUGAAACCGUAAACAAGCUGCGUCAAAAAUUACCAGAGGGCAACAACAUGCAUGGAGCCAUCACAGUACCUCGAGCCUAACACGUCAUCGCGUAGAAACAACAACAAACAUUUAAAUAAUCAUACAAUAAGGUAAAUAAAGUAGAAUUUGCGGACCUUGUUGUGGUCCAUUGUGCGAUAGAAAAUACUGUAAACCCCGAUUUAAAAAAUUAGUGAUACAGAAUUAUUAUGGAAGAGUCCCUGCAGAUUAAGCUAGAAGCAAAAGAUUUCGAUGUAACAGAAGAUGAGUACCUCAAUGAUGCCGAUCAAAUAUUCGAUAACCUACAGCAAGACGAUGUCGACACAAGUGAAACAAUCGAUAUCAAAUAUAAUACUUUAGAUUGCAUAAAUAAGGAUUCUGGUACAGAGGAAAGGAGUACUAAAUUAUUGGAAGGUUCAGACACCGAGCAAUAUCCACUCGAUUUCAAAAGCUACGAUGCACCUGAUCAUAACGAAGAAAAUCCCAAAGCUAAAAAAAUAGCACCUGACGACAUUUCUACCGGCGAUUCUAGGCGGUCCCACGAAUGCGAUCUGUGUGGCAAACGAUUCGUCCGAAAGGCGAACCUGGUCUUACACGUCCGGAAGCAUCGAGGUGAAAAGCCUUUCCGUUGCAAUAUCUGCGGUAAGGCAUUCUUUAGGAGAGACGAUAUGGUGAAUCAUCGGUACGACCACACCGGUAAGGGACCGUACAAGUGCACCGAGUGUGGCAAAACUUUUGCCUAUCAAAACAGGUUGACCCGGCACAUGGAGACUCAUAUGAGUGAGCGACCGUACAAGUGUAACAUGUGUGACAGAGAGUUUCUUCUCGAAACUAGCCUGAACAAACACAAGCUGGUCCAUGCGGCUGAGCGGCCGUGUAAGUGCACUGUGUGUGGCAAAGGUUUUACACAAAAAAAGAACCUGAACGUACACAUGCUCACCCAUACGAGUGAGCGGCCUCACAAGUGCGCUGUGUGUGACAAAGAUUUCGUCUUAAAAAACAGGUUAACCAAACAUAUGUUUAAACAUACCAGGCCGUUCAAGUGUGACGUGUGUGGCAAAGAUUUUACCCGCCAAAUAAGUGUGACCACACACAUGUACCAGCAUACGGGUGAACGGCCGUACGAAUGCAAGGUGUGUGGUAAAGAUUUUGCCCAGAAAUCUAGCGUGAACUUGCACAUGAUUUUGAAGCACAAAGAAAUUCAUGAUGCUCUGCGGCGUCACAUGUGUAAUAUUUGCGGGAAGGAAUCUGCUACAGAGCAGGAAGCAGCGGAACACAGACUUAGUCACACGAGCUCACUAUAAUAUCGGUUAUCUGCGGGAUAUUUUUGGACGAAACGUUGUCCAGAAAUGUUGCCGAUUCGACACUUGGAAGUGUCAACAUCCACGAUGAAUCAACUGAAAAAAAUGUAUCAAAUAGGUGAAAUGGUUGCGGAAUGGAAAGGACUUCUCGACUCCAUGUAACAUGCGUCAUCGUUAACCGAGUUUUUACUGGCUUAGAAUAUAUCUAGCAAUAAAGCAAGUUUUGCUUAAAUUGCGGUAGUGAUGCAUACUCCUAUCGACACUUCAAGUGGAAUAUCAUGAGCAACACCGUGCUCGAAUUUAUUUUGUUCUGUUCAUAUCUUUCUAUUCGAUAAUAAACGGUUUUGCUG